CCGAGUCCUCAUAAAAUACGAAUAACAAUUUGUCAUUGUCAGAGGAGAGUUAUGGCAACAGUGGUGGACCCGCCAUUGAAGUUAUCAAGAUGUUGAAUUAUUUGAUUGUUACCAAGAAAUAAACAUUGAUACCAUGGAUUGGAUUAAUUGCAACACAUGCUGUAGACAACCAGGUGAUGAAAAGGAACGGAUCUUCACUCUUACGAGUUGUGGGCACAUCUUCUGUGAUGUCUGCCUUGCACAGGCUGAAUGUCCUGGCAAGUGUGGUGCAUGCUCUUCACAGUGCCAGUUAAUUCCUUUAUCUUCUAAGAUGAAGCCAGAAACAGAAAUAUUCUUUUUGGAGCCUGGGGUAUUACUCAAAAGACAACACACUCAAAUUAACCGUCUGCUAGAUUUUCAAAAAGACCAUCGUGUUCGAUUACUUUCAUUCCACAGGAAAGUAGUAAGUUAUUUUUCCAUGAAAUGCAAAGUUAUCCAUGUGUACAUAAUGCAUCUGGAGUCAUCUGAAUAAAUUUAGUUAAUUU